AUGCAUUACAUCAUUGCUAACAAACAUUUUCCUGAACAUCACUUUUCUCUGUCUAGUUUUGACUCUAUCCAUGGAACUUAUGGAGAGAAUAUAUACCAGACCCCAAAUGUUUCUGGCACAGAAGGGGGAACUGUCACAAUGAACUGCAGUUUGUUCAAUGAAUCCUUAGGACCUGUUAAGUGGUACAAGGGAAAAAAUCUGCAGAAGAUCAUUUACUCACAAGUUGAAAGUGACAAAUCUGAUACACGAGUAAACAGGACUCCACAUAAAGACUUAAAGAGAGAGACUGAUUUCACCAUCACAUUUACUAAUAUUACCUUAGAGGAUGCUGGGACAUAUUACUGCGUGAAAUUUAAAUCAAACAAGGACACUGCUGGAGAAGUAGGAUCAGGAACCCAACUUUAUGUGAACAGAAAACCUUCCCCUCCAUCAAUUUCUGGGCCAACUGAGAGAGUCCUGCUUCAUACAAAUGUAACAUUAAGCUGUAGAGCUGUACGAUUUUACCCACCAGAGGUCAAUGUUACAUGGUGGGAGAAUGAGAUUGAACUCCUGGGAUCCAAAUCAGAAGUCAGUUCAGAUAAUGGAAGUAUGGCAUACCAAGUACAAAGCAACAUCACUGUUGUAGCAAGAAUAAACACAUCUGUCACCUGCAAAAUUAAUCACGCACUGUUAGACCAACCUAUAAAUUCAACCUUCAAAAUAAACAAUAUUGUGAAAGGUAAGCUCUGUAUUCUAAGCUGGUAUUAUAGAUACUCAGAAAAUAGACUUCAUGAAAAUGUACACAUGAACAUACAGAUCUAUGUAUUUACUUUCAUGGACACUGCAAAAGGACAUGCUCAUGCUGUGUGA